UGUCGCGGCUGUAGCCAUGCAGGAUCACGUGGCCUACAUGCACAGGAGCGGCGAGCAGCCGGCGCCGUCGUCGUGCGACCUCGCCGCCGUCGACGACGUCCCGGUCAACGGCCACAAGCCCGGCAAGGCUGUCACCGCCUCGGUGUACCGCGCCAAGAUCGCAGGCCACUCGCGAGUGGUCACCGUGUCCUGGUCCCGCGACCUCCUUUCGCACGCCUUUGCAAUCGCGAUCUCCGGGGCCGAUGGGGCCGCGGCGGAGUGCAGGGUGGAGCUCCGGCCGUGGCAGUUCUGGCGGCGCGCCGGAUCGCGGCGCAUGGAGCUCGGCGGUGGCGCGUCCACCCCGGCGUCGGUGCGCGUGCUCUGGGACCUCCGCCGCGCGCGGUUCGGCGCGGGGAUCCCGGAGCCGCGGGGCGGGUACUACGUGGCCCUGGAGGUCGCCGGCGAGGUGGUCCUCGUCCAGGGGGACAUGCGCAAGGACGCGCUCCGGCGCGCGGCGUGCGCGCCAGCGGAGGCCGAUGCCGUGCCCGUGGCGCGGCGGGAGCACGUGUUCGGCCGGCGGCGGUUCGCGGCCAAGACGCGGUUCCACGACCAGGGCGCCGUGCACGACAUCGCCAUCGAGUGCGGCGGCGGCGGCGAGGGCGGAGACGCCGACAUGGAGAUGACGAUCGGCAUCGACGGCGAGGACGCGGUGCAGGUGAAGCACCUGCAGUGGAAGUUCCGGGGCAACCAGUCCGUCACCUUCAGCCGGGCCAAGGUGGAGGUCUACUGGGACGUGCACGACUGGCUCUUCAGCGCCGGCACGCGGCCGGCGCUCUUCAUCUUUCGCCCGAUCGUGCUGUCCAGCGCGUCGGCGCCCGCGGGAAUGGCGGCGGGGCUGGUCGACGGGGCGGUCUCUACGACCGGCUUCUGCUUGUACCUCUACGCGUGGAAGCUCGACUGAGCUACCUUACCUGGCAUGGAUCUGGUCUGGUACCAUUACUACAGUCUACCACACCAUGUUCAUCCAGAUUGUCUGUCGCGAUCGAAGAUGUAAAUUAAGUUGAGUAACAAAUUUUUUUCCUUUGAUUUUGUAAUUCUGAUCAAAUAUAUAACUAUUCAAUAUAAUUCUUCAAACAGGCCAUUGCCACUAGCUAGUAUUCUCAUUCCUGUUGCAGCGUUCAGCGAUAAGAGAGCUCACAAUCACAGCCUUUCACCGAAGAUGCUCAAUUGCUCAUAAGUGGUUAUGCAAAAUCUGAUAAGCUCCUGUUAGACAGGAUGUUGACUUUGUGCUGUAUAUAUGUAGCAACAUAACUAUGUACGUGUACAUGAUAUG